AUGGCCGCGCCUAAGCCAUCCGACAACGCCCAGCCCGACUACAUCUUUAGACCCGAAGACCCCGAACAGCUCCAGAUCGAACGUCGCGCCCAGCACGACCAAGAUCAGCACCAGCACCGUCAGCGACUCCGAAACGCAUCCGACUCGACCUCGACCUCGACCCACACCCAGCCCGGCGGCCUCAGCCAAAGGUACCAGCAGCUCGCCAUGGACCAACAGGAGCAAAAGGCGCUCGUGCGCGUACAGAUCCUCACUCCGUUGAGCGUCCUUCUCCAGCUGGGCGUCAUGAUCAUCUGCGGAUCCAAGCUCAUCAGCCCCAACCUCGGCCAAGUCUCGAGGCGGCAUCCCACCUACCUCACCGUCUCCGAGCCCUUUGUGCUCCUGUACUGGGCGGUGCUCUACCUUUUGCAGAUAGGGUUCGCCGUCUUCUUGCUUCUCAGCCGCACCCCAGAGACAAAGAAAGCCAUCGUCCACGGCGUCGGCACACGCUUGGCGCUGGCCAACUACAUGAUGGUCCUCUGGGCCAUCUUUUGGGUGCUUGACCGACGCAUCCCCUUCAUCCUCGGCACCGUGUCGCUCGGCGUCAUUGCGCUGCUGCUUCUCUUCAACUCGCUCGUGCUGGCCGUCAAGUACCGCCCUUCGAAGCGACACCCGCUCGACUGGCUGUUUAUCCACGUGCCCAUCAAGAUGCUCCUCGUCAUCACGCUGCAGUACGACCUGUGGCAGCAGCUCUUCAUGGCUCUGCAGUGGGACGCCGGCUCGGGUCACGGUGACCAGCUGCUCCAGAUGGGGCUCUGGCCUGCGUUCGGCAUCAUCGCCGGCAUGGGCGUCUUUUCGGCGCUGUGGAUCUUUUCGACGGCCGACGUCACCUGGACCGUGGCCGGCAUCUACCUCAACAUUGGCCUGCUGUGGUCGAAGCAGUUCCCCAUUGCCCAUCCCGACCACCCUCGCCCGGCUGCGCUGACGGCGGCGACGAUCCUGGCCAUCAGCCUGCAGGUGGUGGCCUUUAUCGCCAGCGUGGCGUGGUCGCGCAUCCAGGCACGCCAGGAAGGACGCAUCGCGCUGCCCAUGUCGCCCGAAGAUGAGGCCGCCGCGGUGCGUGCCGAGACCGAGCGCCGCGCGCGAGCUUCGACGGUGGCGGACCGGCGCCACGCCGCAGCCGCUGCCCCGGUGCAGCCCGGCGAUGAGGAGGCUAGGAUCGAGGCACCAUCCGCCGAGGCAGAGGCUGGCGGCAGUCAGCAGGGCGUCAGCGUGACCCGCAAGCUCGGGUCGUCGUCGACAACGACAAACAAGUCGCCCACCAAGAGCGGGGCUCCGGCUGCCAAGUAG